CUUCUGGAGGCCGGCAGGACAGUCGGAUGGAGACAUGAGAGCCAUCAUCGACAAUUUAAGUUUCAAAGACGAUGAAGGAGCUGGAGCUGCGCUGGAAAAGCGAGGAGCCCAUCAAAAUGUACCGCGACCUCCGCAUGCCGCAGUACGAGAUCAACGCAAUACGACCUUCCAUCUGCAACGAGUCGUUUUACAUCGGUAACUAUAGUUGUCUGGUGGCAGAGUUCAGCCUGCAGAGAUCCAUCGGCUUCUACCUGGUGCAGGUUUACCUGCCUACCAUCCUUAUUGUCGUGAUAUCCUGGGUCAGUUUCUGGAUGGAUGUGGACUCUGUACCUGGCCGUACAACUCUGGGGGUGACCACCCUGCUUACCGUGUCCACCAAGUCCUCAGAUAUCCAGGAAGGCCUGCCCCAAGUUUCCUACGUGAAGGCCAUAGACGUUUGGAUGGGAGCUUGCACCGCGUUCGUGUUCUGCGCGCUGUUGGAGUUUACCCUCGUGAACUACAUGUGGCGUAAGCGACCCCAGCCCAAACUGCCGAACCUGUUCGGACUGAACGGCGGUCGCGUGGCUGGACGCUCGGGUGGCGAUAUCUGCACCAGCUGCAAGGAGAAGAAGGGCAACGACUCGGCAAUCUUCCCGUCCCCUAACAUCGCUCUGAGCAGCAAGCUAACGGACGAAGCUCUAGCUGCUCUGCCCCUGCAGCUCGUGGCCAGCCUCGCCAGCAACUCCAAGAGACGCGUGCACGCCAUCGACUCCAACUGCCGCGUGCUGUUCCCGCUCAGCUUCAUGUUCUUCAACGUCAUCUAUUGGUGUUAUUACCUGCUCUAAGUUCGAAGUUUUUUUUACUUGAAAUGGGAAUUUAUGAUUUACGAGAAUCAAAGCUUAUUUUGAGUGCACAGUUAAAAACAGUUAGUGCACAGUUAAAAACAUCGAUUCCAUUUGUUAUCAUGAAUAAGUGGUUCAUCACCUUCUGUUAUUGGAAAUCAAUCCAGGCACAUUCCGUAAGAUCGCUUUAACCAAACAUAUGAUGACUUCAACCAAACUCUUCACAUGGUAUUAUUUUCCAUGCGGUACAUUUAUUUCAUUUACAGCAAAACUUGUCUUUUCACCGAAUCUCCAGCGCUAUAGAGUUUUGGUAUGUCAACCUGCACCCCCACAGACAUCGUAAUUUUCAUGAAAGUAUGAAUAAAAGGACAGCAAGUGCCAUCUUGUGUAUCAAUAUUUAUGAUGGAUACACAUGACUGUAUUUUACAUUGUUGUGAUGUGUAUUUUGUGUGUCUUCUAUAAUUUCAUGGCAAAUGCUUACAAGGAAAGUUUGCCUUCCAGCAACGAAAUGUUGGAGACCUCUGGCUUAAAGAUUGAUAACUCAUCACUGUUGCAGGUAUAUAUGUACUAUAUUUAAUGAGGUUAUUUCACUUUCUACAACCUAUAUUUGUGCCAGAGAAAUGAAUCAUGAGAGGAUUGCGAGCCUGUGCAUUGUUGAAAAUAGAGGCAUAGGCGACCUGAACUUUAUAUAUAGUUGAACUUUUGGCCCUGUAAAGCUCGCAUAAAACAGUGGCCAUAAGGUGUAUGCAUGCAUUGAAUAAAUUUAUUUAUUUAUUAUG